CGCGGUGGCGGCGGGCAGGCUCCGGUCGCGGCACCGCAGCUCCCCGCCGAGGCGGCGCGGCCUCCGCUCUCUCCUUCCCUCGGUCGCUGCGCGGCCCCGGCGCAAUGUCGGGUGGCGCGGCGGGCGUCCCCAAGGCUCUCCCGUCUUCCGGGCCCAAGUCGCUGCGGGAGAUGCCGCAUCCCUUGGCCACAUCCAGCAGCGAGGAGGUGGGGCCAGCGCUGACCCCCAGCCCCGACCUGCUCCUGCCCCGCAGCAUCGCCGACAAGGAUCUCAGUCUACCCAAUGGCACACCUGUGGAUACUUCUAGCCCAGCCUCCUCCUCAUCUCUCCUCAACAGACUACAGCUAGAUGAUGACUUGGAUGGAGAAACUAGAGACCUCUUUGUUACUGUUGAUGAUCCCAAAAAACAUGUGUGCACAAUGGAGACGUACAUCAUGUACAGGGUUACAACAAAGACGACACGAGCAGAGUUUGAUUUGCCAGAGUAUUCUGUCCGCCGCCGGUACCAGGACUUUGACUGGUUGAGAAACAAGCUGGAAGAGUCUCAGCCAACACAUCUCAUUCCUCCUCUUCCUGAGAAAUUUGUGGUGAAGGGUGUUGUUGAUCGCUUUUCUGAAGAAUUUGUGGAGACAAGGAGGAAAGCAUUAGACAAAUUCUUGAAGAGAAUAACUGAUCACCCAGUGCUUUCUUUUAAUGAGCACUUCAACGUGUUUCUCACAGCCAAGGAUCUUAAUGCCUACAAAAAGCAAGGAAUGGCAUUGCUGUCGAAGAUGGGAGAGUCUGUCAAAUACGUCACAGGAGGCUACAAAUUAAGAAAUCGGCCACUGGAAUUUGCAGCCAUUGGGGAGUAUCUAGACACAUUUUCUUUAAAACUCGGUACCAUUGACAGAAUAGCACAGCGGAUUAUCAAGGAACAGCUGGAAUACUUGGUGGAACUAAGAGAAUAUGGACCCGUUUAUUCAACCUGGGGAGGACUGGAGGUUGAGCUGUCAGAGCCACUGGAAGGAGUGUCUGCCUGUAUUGGGAACUGCUGCACAGCUCUUGAAGAACUCAGUGAAGACAUGACAGAAGACUUCUUGCCUGUACUUAGGGAAUAUAUAUUGUACUCGGAGUCAAUGAAGAAUGUGUUGAAGAAAAGAGACCAAGUUCAAGCAGAGUAUGAAGCAAAACUGGAAGCAGUCGCCUUGAAAAAAGAAGACCGUCCAAAGGUACCCACUGAUGUUGAGAAAUGUCAAGACCGAGUAGAAUGUUUUAAUGCUGACCUGAAAGCAGAUAUGGAGAGAUGGCAGAACAACAAAAGACAAGACUUUAGGCAGCUACUCAUGGGGAUGGCAGAUAAAAACAUCCAAUACUACGAGAAGUGCCUUACGGCGUGGGAGUCAAUUAUACCACUAUUGCAAGACAAGCCAGAGACCAAAUAAGAAGUACCUUCAUGGACAGUCUAGAACUUCUGUGCUCGUUACCACUAAACAUACUGGAACUGUAUGAAGGACUCAUUUUUUCAAGUUAACUGAAAUGCCAGCUGCACUUAGGCUGGAACAGACACUCUGAAAACAACUUGGGGUUUUUUUUUCCCUCACUUUCUGUGUUUAAAAUGGGGUAUUUUUCAUCUUUUUGAGUUAUCUUGAGUGGUUCCUUCUUUAUCCUAUGGAGUGAUUUGGGGUUCAUGCUGAAAGUGCACGGGGAUCUUGAUAAAACUUACCUCUCUAGUCUGGAAGGAACUGAUGAGUAGAACACUAAAAAGAUGAAAAUAAAACUCUAUUGCAAGGUGCCAAAUGACAUCUUUAUCACCGUUCUGUUUUGUUAGCUAAAAACAAGAAAUUAAAAAAAAAAAUUCCUAUGAUACAGUACUCCUUAGCCAAUCCUUAUCCCUUUAUUUUGUACAGGGAAAGGCUGGAAAUAAAUAUUUUCUGUUUUGCCACCGCCCGUAUGCUCCCUCUGGGUAAAAUGGUUUCUGGAGACUUUUCUGUGUGGGAGUUGGGCUGGUCCUAGACAAUAUCCAAUAUGACCUGCAGGUAGCCUGUGAUGCAAGCAUGAACUGUGGUUUUUGUGAGUGUGGCAUGCUGUUGGUUCAUACUGAGUGUCUUUGUUUACCUUGGUGAUUAUGAAGUAAUGUCAGUUGACUGAAGUGUACUUGUGACUGACUUGGGGAUCAAAAUCAGCCUAGCUGUGGGGAGUGAGUUAACAGUGGCUAUUCAAGGCUUAGGGGAAUUGGUGGAAGCAAGGAUGAGUCUUCAAUGUGAGAUUUGUUGCUUUGGGUUUUUUUUCCCCCUAAAGCUAGCUCUAGAAGGUACGUGAUAGAAUUCUCUUCCUCCAUGCUUUAAACAUAGAGUUGGGCUUUUUGCUUGUUUUCCUCAACUAGAGCCACUUUGGGCUUGGUCCCUUAAGGUGCCCACCACAGUAAAGGUAGAACUCUGCUUUCUCUCCCCGUGUCUUUUUUUUUAGCAACCAAAAGCCAGAAAGUGUCAAAUCCUUGCUUAAAUCAAGCAUUAUAGUGUGUGAAACUUGCCUUAAGCAGGGUAAUGGGGUAAAUGGAUACCCUGUUAGGUACACAUAAUGUUCAUACGCAUCUCUACUGAACCACAUGGCAAGUCUUUUAAGACUACUUUUGGUACAGAUCUAUUUUCUUAGUAGUUUUUACUGGCCUUUAGAAAUGUAACUGCUUUUGCAAUCCCCUUUUUGUUCCCCCCUUUCUCUUGCAGUCCAAUCUCAAGCAAAUGCUUGGUUAAUGGCCUUAGGAGUGCUGCCGUGAUUCCCAGAGUCUUGGUUUAACAGCGUGUAGAUAAAUCCUUUUUAACCAUCCUAAGUGAGGGGGUUUAGGGCUGACAUCAAUGUGAUGUUGGGAUUUUGGAGUAUAAGUAACUCUGAGCACUUACUGAUAAAUUAAAGUGAUUAACUGAUCUCUAGCAAGAUUCUUGCAAAGAAUCUGAGCAGUAAUUGCGUAUGUCCAACUUCUGUGACAACCUAGAUGUACCAGUCUGGUUUGGACUUUAUCCCUUCAUAAACACAAAGUACACCUGAAGCCCCCUUACUCAGUUUGAUGGCUUUAUAGUAGUUGUCAAGGUGACUUGUUGCAGCAGUAUGGUAGUUGUCAGGCUAAUGAGAUGAUGUUCUCUGGGUGCAAAAGUCAAGUUUAAGACAUUUUAAGAGGUCUUCCUUUUUGACUCAGCCUCCUGUAGUACUGAAACUAUGUUUUUUGGCUUAAGCCUGAAGUUUGUCAAUAGACUUUUUUUGGUGUAAAUGAGAACAUUCUUGUUCUGGAUCAAACAGCAACUUAAAGUGAACUACUUUUGUUCAAGGGAGGUGCUUAAGGGGAUCAUCUUGAAGCAGUAAUCAUGUGUUUUCCUCAGUCUUUCCCUUAUAAAACAAGCACUUGCUUACCAUUUAACAGUCUGACCUUCAGGGUUACAGUCUUCCAUUUUACUACAAACAGAGAUCAACAUGCUUUUUUGAGCUGGUUCCUCUGUGGUAAACGGAAUUUUGUAGUUGACACUGCAACAUCACUGGGAGUGAAGCUAAAUGUAAUUUGAACAAAUGUUUAGUAUUCCCUUCAUCUGUUAAAAAAAAACAAACAGUGAAAGAGGAGUAGAGAGGAUGGUGGUCUUUUUCCCUAAAAGCGAGUGAGUUUCAUUUGAUGCCUUACACUGAGGUCCUGUUAGUUUUAUGUCAAGCUGAAGUGAUUGUUGGUUCUGAGGAAUUUAGCAAUUGACAUCACACCUGUUUCUGAGAAAUGUAAUGGACAGUGGGGACAUAUACCAAGUCAAGUUCAAAUUAAUAUGUAGCUGUUGGGGCUGGAGCUGUUGAAGAUUAGCUUAAGUUUUCUUUAGUCUGAUGCCACUGAUUCUGUGGUAUGGUUUUGAAGCUAGGGCUCAUCCAAAGCAUGUUUCAGCUUCAGGUAAAUCCCUUUCUGUUGGACUAUGUGUCUCUGUAGCACCUGCAAGUUGAUUUGGAGGAGAGAUUGGAGCACGUGCCUCAGCCUGUGGUCACUAAUAGGAUUUCUUGCAUGGUCUGGAAUGCCACCUCUUACACCCCUUGAAGGGAAGUAAAACUUCACAUUCAAAAGAAGAGUCCUCUGCAAGAACUGCUGCAGUGUUAGGAAGGAUGUGUAGUGCUGUGUCUAAGCUCCUAUGAGCUAUGAAGGAGUCUCUUUAGAAAGACUGUUGUAAAUCACUAAGUAACUGCGGAAGAGGCUGUGAGGUGUGGAGAAGGUCCUGACUGUGAGGUUUGGGGCAGCAGUGCCGAAUGGAGAGCUAUGCAAUCACAAGAAACUUCUGUAAGAUGGAGUGGCAACUGUAAAGAGUGCACUGACCUGACAGCUUUUAGUGGGAAGGUGAGAUCUGAACUGUUAGUGAAACUCCUACGUGUUAUCCUGUAAUUCUUAGAGGAUAGGAGUGUCUCCUUUGCAUGGCCCAAACUUUUAAGUGAGAAAAGUAAAACGUUUUAGUAAUGGGAAGCAAUAAUGUAGGAGCUUCCUGUUUGAGUAACUUCUUUAGUAUUCAGUCACUUAAAGUCAUCCUCUCUACAUUCACUAAAAUGAUGUAAAAAGUAGUUCUAUGAGCCUAUGUAUUAACUGGGUCCUUCAAUAGUCCUUAAAUUAGCCCAGUUUUCAUUGUAAUCCAUAGCCAGACCAAGUUCUCUCUCGGAUGAUGCAGAAUUCACUGCUGUCCUGGUUACUUCUGUGUAAUUUCUGGGAUAUUUGUUUCUUCUCUUAACUGGCGCCAGCACAAUAAAGCAAGCACUGAGGCUUUUAUCAUGCUCGGUAACAGUGCAUUGUUCAUAUGUACCCUUAUCAGGUUCUGAUUCUUGCAAUAAAUGGACACUGAAACAUCAUGGCCUUUUCAGGUAACCAUUGAAAAAUCAAAAGGUAAUAGUUGUAGCUCAAAAGACAUGAACUCUUCUGAUGUGAGUUGUAUCAAAGAAUAAACUAUGGAUCCUUCACUGAAGUCUACCUGAAUUUUUGUCACACUGACCCUUGUGCUAAGGCGAGAGCAGUGGCAUGAGUGGUAGUAACAAGCAUCUGCAAAACCCAAGUGUCAGAGGCAGUCCUGUGAAGGUAGCGUGAAGUAGCUUUGCAGCAGAGGCUUGGCAUAGCCUAUUUGUCCUGGAUAUUGCUUCAGAUGUUGAUCCUGCAGAUGCCAAGGUACAAAAUCCACCCCUGUUGCUGUGGACUGUUUGGCGUUCUAACAUGAGCCAAGUUUUUGUUAAAACUUGCACAGUUUAACUGAAUAUGAUUAAUGUUUCAGACUGUUUAAAAUCCUGGUGCUGAUGGCCACUGAGCAAAAUUGCAUAGACUGGCUCAUUAGAUAUGUUCAGCCUUCUUACAUUCUGAAAGCAGAACAGUCCCUCAGUGUAUUAACUUCCACUACAACCAAUGAAUAGGGAAAAUGGAGUCUCAGUCUGAGAUACGAGAGUUGCUACCACUUGCCAGACUCUUUAUUUUUGUUAAAUGAGAUCACAAGAGUAAACUUACCUUCUGGCAGUGUGAGUGUUGUGUUUUAAACUUCUGGGAGUGGUAUUUAACCAGUUUUAUGGAACAAAAUAUCAAUGCUUAAUUCUGUGCUUAGAGUCUUUCUUGUAUUGAUGUUGGACUUCUGCAAAUACUUGGUAAUGAACUGGGCUAGCUUUAAGGUUGCAGUGGCUAAGGCACAGUACUUGUGCAGAAAAUAAUAGACUUUCUGAAAAGGCAUGAGUAAAUCACCUUUACCUAAGUGGCAUGACAAAAUGUUAAAGGCUAGUUACUACCUUAGGCUGCCUUGAAGGUCUUGAUACACUAUGCUUUGAAGCUGAACUGUUUUCUUAACUCUGCUGCUGAGAUAUGUAUCCAUACCUUCAGAUCAAGCAGCAGGGUUGGGCCCAGUGCCCCAUUCCGACUGCACAGGGAGACAACAAACACCCAAAGGGCUUUCAUCUUGAGUGUAUGAAAAUGCAGCAGUACCUUCCUUGUUCCCUUUUCCUCUGUGCCUACAUUUAUCUGUCCCCUCCUUGAGGUUUGGAGAGUUGAGCCAUGCAGGAGAAUGCAACCUGGCUGUGAGUGGAGUUGGAUCUCUCAUCCCCUUCCUUGUUCAAAGUGUCAGUACCAAGGAUCCAAAAUGAUGCUGGCUCAUUGCGCAGACUCUUCCUCUUUCAACCUCUGUAAACCCACUCGUGGGAACUAAAGUCACCAUUUGUACCGUUAAAAACCAAAAUGGAAGCUGUGAAGACUUUACUCUGUGUGAAUUAGCUAGUAAGCAACGUAAAAAUGGGAAGGAAGCUUUUGUUUCCUGCACUUGAGUAAAUCUGACAACUGUGCUCCUGUUCAGAUGCUCAGACUAGGAAAUGUUGUCUUGCCUUCUGGUGCUGGCAUGUUUCUAUACCCUUUCAUAUAUCUCUGUAUAAAUAUACUUUGUGCGUUGUUUACUAUGGAACUAGCAUUGAUGGAGAAAAACACUUUGAGGUAAAACUGUUUGUAAUUUCCUAUUAGUGUGUACAAUUUUUUUUAAAUGCAGCAUUUGUUUACCUCAGUUAAUUUAAUGGAGUGGACCAAUAAAUGUAUUAAAAGAGAA